AUGGAAGUUAUCCGAGAAACAGAUGGACUCAUCCUUUCUCAACACAAAUUCACUUUAGACCUUCUCCAAGAAUUUAAUUUCCUCUAUUUGUCACAUGUUUCUUCUCCACUUGACUCAUCUACUCGUUUGUCUACUCACACAGGGGAACCAAUUGAGGAUCCCACCUUGUAUCGCCAUCUCCUUGGCAAACUUAACUACCUCACUCACACCCGACCAGGCUUAUCCUUCACUGUCCAGCAUCUCAACCAGUACAUGCAGGACCCACGAAAGCCACACCUGGAUGCAGCAUUUCGUGUGCUUCGAUAUCUGCUCAAAGACCCUAGGCUUGGGUUCUUUAUGUCUUCUUCCUCCUCAUUCAAGCUCCUAGCUUUUCGUGACUUCGAUUGGGCCACCUGUCCGGACUCAAGGAAGUCGGUGAGUGGUUUUUACAUCUCCCUUGGUACCUCUCCAAUUUCUUGA